GCACACAUGCCAUGCAGUUCCAGCUGGCUCGCUUCUGGCGUGGGAGUUUGAUGACGCGUUCUACGGGGGACCGACCACGAAAUGAGAGCGAGCGAGCGCUAGUGCUGCUCACUUGCAGCCCGAAGUUGUUGCCAGCGCGCGGCAUCGAGUGCGAGUUGUUGCGUGCCAACUGACUCUGCCUAGUACGGUCGUUUGUAUCGGAUGUAGGUUUUGUGCCGUUCUCAGGGCGGAAGUUCGUUACGAGUUUCAAUUUUUAAUUACCGGUCAAUAUCAAAUAGACUUCGACACAUUAGCGACGAGCUCUUCCUCUACGUCUCUCUUUGUGUGGUGUGAGCAAAGCUUAGUGAAAGUUAUCUGUGAACAAGAAGAAAAGAAUAAAUUACAUAUCGCAACGAAGAACAAUAUUGAGGAUUGCAGAACCAAAACCCCGUGUCAAGUGUUGAGUGAAAUGAUAAACAAGAAGUUGAGAAACUGUGCUGCUUCAAUUUGUGUCUACCAAACGGUGAACUAACUAUGGAUCGUCAGUGUCGUGUUCGAAGGCAACGAAUUGAUCGCCGCAGGAUAAUGUGAUAAUGUGACCGGUGUGUGUCUCUUUAAGGACGUACGAGCAACAAUUAGGUGUCCAUCGUUGGCUCAAUAUCGCAUUCCCGAUGUGUUUCACUGCAACAAGCACCAGAAAACAUGAAAUGUUGAUUCUGUGGAUCUUAUUUCUGGUUUCAAUAGUUCAAGACUGUGCAUUAGCCAUCAAACUAACGGAGAUACGAGUUCCCAAGCACGCAAUCCUGGGACAGACUGUUAAGCUAGAGUGCCUCUACGAUAUGGACGGCGAAGCGCUGUAUUCUGUUAAAUGGUACAAGGAUGGUAGCGAGUUUUAUCGUUACGUGCCUCGAGAUGAUCCUCCACAGCAGACCUUUCCAGUCGAAGGUAUUACGGUGAAUAUCCAUAAUUCCACCAACAGUCACGUUAUGUUAGAGUCUCUAAACUUAUUCUCUAGCGGCAAAUAUCGCUGUGAAGCAUCAGCAGAAGGACCUUCCUUUCAGACGGUCGCCAAUAACAGUGAGAUGAUGGUGGUCGUACUACCGGAUUCGGAUCCUGUAAUAUCAGGAACAAGUUUACGAUAUCAAAUAGGUGAUCAAGUAAGAGUUAAUUGUACCUCGGGCCGAUCAAAUCCCCCCGUUCAGCUCAAGUGGUACAUUAACAGUGAAUUAGCCGAUCCGUCUUAUGUUCGGCAGUAUCCAACAAUAGUUUCCCUCGCACCUGGCCAUCUACAAACCUCUAUACUAGGGUUGGAAUUUCGCAUCAAACCUAAACAUUUUCGUCGAGGAGAUCUAAAACUAAAGUGCCUGGCAUCCAUCUCAAACGUUUACUGGAAAAGCAACGAGGAAAGUAUGGAAGCUGACAAGCCACAAAAGUCUCAUAUUCUGGAAUCACGCAAAACUGGACUAUUGGAAACUACACGAGCGGAUAGAGUCCAUGCUAGCAACAGAGUUUCCAAAUUGGAAAUGAAUCAAAACUUCUCUUUAUGUGUAGCUGUUCUCUACAGUCUCCUCUACGGUGCUAGUCUAUGGAUAGCGGAACGGUAACUGAACAUAAUUAAAAGCCGACCUUUCUGCGCACAAAAAACUAACAAAGUGCUAAAUAAAUUGCAUUUCGUAUGAACAAUGA